UAGACAUUGUUCACGCUGACCGCUCUAGACGAAGCAUACCUACAUUAUGUUUUCAGCCGGACUGUUUGGCCCUUUGUGAGGGUUAAAGGGCAUAUUUUCUCAUCUUCUGAUAACGUUUGUAGCACUUGGAGCCGCGUCAAAAUGAUGCGCUUCCUGCUGCUCUUUAGUCGCCAGGGGAAGCUGCGCUUGCAGAAGUGGUACACUCCCAUGCCAGAACGUGAGAAGAAGAAGAUCAUCAGAGAUAUGACCACCAUGGUGUUGGCACGGCAACCACGUUCCAGCAACUUCCUGCAGUGGAAAGACCUGAAGAUAAUUUACAAGAGGUAUGCAAGCUUAUAUUUCUGCCUGGCUGUAGAAAAUCAGGAGAAUGAGUUACUGGGCCUGGAGGUUAUUCAUCGCUAUGUGGAGCUGCUGGACAAAUACUUUGGCAAUGUGUGUGAGCUGGACAUAAUCUUUAACUUUGAAAAGGCCUAUUUUAUCCUGGAUGAGUUUUUAAUGGGAGGGGAGAUACAAGAAACCUCAAAACAGAUUGUGAACCGUUCCAUUGAAUCCUCAGACAUGUUACAGGAGGAUGACAGCAGUGAGUGGUAUGAGGUGGAGCUGUUUGGAUGACCUUGAAUAUGGACAGACAGACUUUGGAGGAGUAUAUGAGCAAACCUGCAUUUUAACCUGUGGGAAAAAAGGACACUAAUGGAAGGGAGGAGUUCAAGAUCCUGAUUUACUGUGUAUGAGUCAAAGGAAUUUCUGACAAUGAAUUUAUUUUAGCGCUGCUGAAUAUUUUCCAAAGAGCGCUCACUGUGUGCCUGAAGGGUGGGGUGGGGUGGGCAUUGUUUUUUACACUGAUUGCUAUUAGUAAAGGGUGAGGUAUGAAAAUCAUAUCAGUGGGGUGAGUUUAAUUUAAAACACUGUUACGUUAAUAUUUAAAUAUUCUCCUAAUAUUUUAGAAUAGAAUCAUUUUAUGAUAAAAACUGUUUGAUUUAGAACAACUGUGCCUCUUUGAUACUUCACCUAGUUUUUCACUGCACGUCUCUGUCUUACCUGCUUUUUCACCAAGAAAAAAACUGAUUGUCACUGAUUUCCUGCACUUCUUAAUCUGUAUAUAAUAAACAUGUCUGUGUUAGAAUAUUGGUCUAAGGAGCAGUUACCAGUGUGGGUGUCAGUCCAUUUCUUUCUUUGUUGAUACAAUGUAGUGAAUAAAAUGUUUAUUUUGAUAAA